AUGAUUCCCGAGAAAGUUUACGAUUUGUGCCAGAACGGCCUGUCGGUGACCGGUGAACUGGCCAAAAACACUGACCUUACUCCUCAUGAGGCCUGCAAGAGACUCUUUCGGGUCGACAUCGAGGAUGAGGUAGUCACAAAGAAAGUUCAUGUCUCCCAUGAAGAACCCAGUGACCUGGAACAGGCGCAAAGGUGUGGACGAUGGGGAGAAUCCACUCCUAGCGAGCUUUUCCUUAGGAUAUACCACGACGUGCUAUGCACCCUUGAGAAAAACCCUGUUGCGGGCGUCUGCGCACCGUCUCUCAUGGGAAGCAAUGGAGUGUGCCCACUCACCAUCAUGGCUACGGUACCUGAAAUCUGUCGGCACAUGUCCAACGUGAUAGCUAGAGCGGAGCACGAGGUAUAUCUGGCAACCAACUUCUGGAUGUAUUCAGAGCCGAGUAGGUUGAUCACCAAUGCUCUUCGAGAGCUCUCGAGGAAGGCUGUGGAGGGAAAUCGGCGAGUAGUAGUUAAGAUUAUAUAUGACCGAGGCAGCGUCAAACAGGUUGUGAACAAUCACCUGCCAGUGUCGCCAGAGGAGUUCUCAGAUCCGAAUGGCAAAAUCCGGAUUCCGCAUCCCGACGACCUUCCGAAUGUUGAUAUUGAAGUCAUCAACUUCCAUCUUCCGGUUUUCGGAACCUUCCACUCCAAGUAUGUGGUAGUGGAUCGCAAAAUCGCCAUUCUUCAAAGCAACAACAUUCAAGACAUAGACAACCUUGAAAUGAUGACCCAGUGGGAAGGACCCGUAGUGGACUCUUUCUAUGAGGUUGCGCUCAUUUCAUGGCACAACCGUCUCAACCCUCCGCUUCCUUGCAUCGAUCAGCCGGCUGCAAGCGCCCCUUUGCCGACGUUCGAAAGCGAAAGCCACGGGACCUUGUUCGACAAGCAUGGGAAUAUAGUCCCAGUGUCACAAUCCAACACCACCGUUCCCGACGGCGACGAGAACUUGCGAGAUCUUGCACAGCACGGGGCACAAUUGGACCUACCUCAACAUACUUCCCAAGAUCCUCAUUAUGAUCCGGACAUAAAGUCUGAAGUAUUGCGAUCCGUGGCCACAUUGAACCCUCGCCAGGGUGAAAGGCGGAUUGACGCAAUCACUCGCAUGCUGAACACGACCAUCCAGCCCAACACUAAAGGGAGUGCUCCGGACCUCGAACCAAGCGACUCCAUGACGCCACUCAUUCCAAUACCACGGCAUGAUCCUUUCCCCAUUGCCAUGGUAUGCAGGGAGCCCUGGGGAGCUCCUAACAAGCAGUCUCUGCACACGCCACAAAACGAAGCAUUCAUGUCUGCUUUGCGCCAUGCAACCAAGUCGGUAUUCGUCCAAACACCUGAUCUGAACGCCGAGGCACUACUGCCAGAGAUUGUCAAAGCCUGCAGACGAGGCGUGAAGGUGACGUACUACUAUUGCCUCGGAUACAACGAUGCAGGCGAGCUCUUACCCUUCCAAGGAGGCCAUAACGAGAUGGUGGCCCAUGGCCUGUAUCAAGACCUGGAACCUGAGUAUCACCAAAACCUGAACAUCUACGCCUAUGUGGCAAAGGAUCAGAUUCAUCCAAUCCACAACAAAUUCAAGCAGCGCUCUUGUCACAUCAAGCUAAUGACGGUUGACGGGCAUAUCGGCAUCCAAGGAAAUGGGAAUCAAGACACUCAAAGCUGGUACCACAGCCAGGAAGUGAAUGUCAUGAUUGACAGUGAACUGGUAAUUGGCAAGUGGAUGGAAGCAAUUCACCAAAACCAGAACACGCAUGUGUAUGGUAAAGUUGUCAAUGAAGGCCCAGACGCUGGGUGCUGGAAAGACUCGGAAACGGGACAACAAGCCGAAGGUGCAAUUGGCGUAGACCCGGGACGAUUCGCUUGGGCGAAAGGGAUUGUCGGUGCGGUGCAGAGAGUACGAGGAGCGGGAGGAUUUUGA